CCAAAUGUAUGUCAUAUGAUCUUGAAAUCGUGUGCUUCUAAUUUAGUUAGAUGGAUGGCAAUACUGUUUGGGAGAAAUAUCUAAAGAGGGUAAUUGAGUCACAUUGUAAAAUGUCGUCCAUUUUUAUUUUAGGUGGGCAACGAGAUUUCUGGAAAUCAACAGAUCUUCCGUAUGAUCUCUCGCUCCCUCUCCCCUAAUUUUCCGAUCAAUCAUGCUUCUUAUUCUAGGAAUGUAUUCACACUCUCUCCCUCAACUACUGAAGCAGGCGAACCCUAGUGUUGAAGCAAACAGAUUCAAUCUCUCUCCGACAUCAGUUAUCAUCGAACAACAAUGUCCCGGUUGAAGAGAAUGGCGGCAAAACAUGUUGGGGAAUCAUCUGGAGGUACAAAGCGUAAUAAAGCCUCAACUGCAAUCGUUGUAAGCAAUAGGAUUGAUGCAACUGAUGAUGGGGCAACGCUCCUAAUCAAAAGGAAUACAAGAAAUUUUGUGAAGAUUUUACAAUGUUUGAAUGAAAAACAAAUAGCAGCAGUUACAGAAAUGGGGUUUGGAGAACUUAUACAUUACAAUGUUUAUGCAAUACCAAGAGAGUUGGCCUAUUGGUUGUUAAACAAUUUUGACCCAAUUAAAUGCAACAUUGCGCUACCAGGUAGUGGGCCUGAUUUGCACAUAGAUGAAAGUGAUGUAGAAUUGACAUUCGGUUUUCCACGAGGUGACGUCAGAGUAGAAAGGAUUGACAGGCAGGAUGAUCUAACCAUAAUGAGUAAGAUAGCAGGUGUAGUGGGUAAAAAAAGACCAAACGUUAAAGCUAGUAAGGUUGCAGAGGAGAUGUUGAAGGACGUUGAAGGUGGAGCUUGGUUUAAAAAGCUUUUUCUAAUUUUGUUGGAGUCUGCAUUAAUUGAGACGUCGGCGUGUGGCUAUGUUAGGCCAAAAAUAUUACAUUUCAUCGAAGAUAUUACAGAUUUUCGUCGUGUCAAUUGGUGUGGGUAUAUGAUUUCCGUUCUGCUUAAAAUGCAUAGACAUUGGAAAGAACACAAAACAGCAACAUUUAGUGGUCCAAUUGUUUUUUUGGUGUGUUGCUAUGUUGAUCGAAUUGUCCAUGGCCAACGACCUGUGCCACGUUGCUAUCCUACGGUCAAAGGAUGGACUGAAGGUCUUUUGAAAGAGCGGCAUGAAGCAGAAAAAAAGGACGGGUCUUAUGGCAAGGGAUAUUUAGAUCAACAGUUUGACAAACGUCAAGACAAGUCUAGGGUUGAAUUCGUUGACGGUGGUUUAAGCGAACGACAGAGUGGAAAACAACCAACUGAUUAUCCGAGAAAUACGACACACCUAUCUGGGACAAAUGGUACCAUUAAGGUGGCUGAUGCUGUGAUCAAUCUAAUGCAAGUACUGAAGGAUACUCCUGUAGAAAUACGAAGUUCAGACUAUUUCAAAAUGAUGUGGGACAUGAUGAGGAGGGCAUUCGGUAUAGCUGAUACCACAAUUGAACAAAACACAAAUCUAGUGGGCACCCUCACACAAUCAAUGUCACAGGAAGAGGGGCUGAGGAGUUGUUAG